AUGAAGCUCUUCCACAGCGCCACCAUCAUUACCGUCAACCCUGACCGGGAGAUCAUCCGCAAUGGAUACAUUCUUGUCAAUCGCUCACGCAUCGAAGCUAUAGGGAAAUGUCCAGUUCCUGCAGAUUUCACAAUCGAUCGAUCGAUCGACUGCACAGGAAAGAUCAUCAUUCCCGGAUUGAUCAAUACACAUGCGCAUCUCGUACAGUCGCUCCUUCGAGGCCUGGCCGAAGAUCUGCCGCUGCACGAAUGGCUUUGCGAUGCCAUCUGGCCCCUUGAAUCCGUCUAUGAGGAGCUCGAUGGUUACCAUGCUGCCCGGUUGACUAUGGCGGAGAUGCUGAAAACAGGCACCACAUGCUUCCUCGAUCCGAUGUUGACGUAUCAAGCGGGAUUUGAAAAUGGGCUUCAGAGAUACUCCGACGGAAAUAGGCUAAUUAAGCAGGGCAAAUUGGUCAAAUUCCCCGAAACAAACCGGCAAUUGUCCAUCAGCGACCCUCGAGAUCGAGAUCUGAUCUCCAUGUCUAUUCCCGCCCUGAUCGACCGACAUCGAGAGUUCCACGGGCAACAUGAUCAACGUCUGCAUGUCUGGGCCGCCGCAGGGACUCCACGCGGUGCUCCCAUGUCAUUGUUCCAAGAGCUGGGCGAUGCUUGUGUGACAAAUGGCAUCUCGCUCACAAUGCAUUGCGCAGAGGCGCCUCGAGACCUUGAAAUUUACCGCGGAACCUACCACUGCACCAGAGAUCCUGAGAAGCGGUCGCAUAACCUCGUCCUGGCUCAUAUGGUCAACCUCGACUGCGAUAUCGAUCUACUUCUCCUGGCCUCGACCAGAACCUCUGUGGCUCAUAAUCCCUCCUCGAACCUGAAGCUCGCGUCUGGAAUCGCUCCUGUUCCUGCCAUGCUCUCCGAACCAUACAACAUCAACGUUUCUCUCGGCACCGACGGUGCUCCAUGCUCGAAUCACUAUGACAUGAUCCAAGAAAUGCACCUUGCAGCUACUUUGCACAAAGGAGUCCAUCACGAUGCGAGACUGAUUCCUGCCGAGACGGCGUUGGAGAUGGCUACCAUCAAUGGUGCCCGGGCCUUGGGCCUGGAGGAUGAGAUUGGCAGUCUGGAAGUAGGGAAGAAGGCCGACUUUGUGGUACUAGAUCCAUACGGAAGAGGGGGACUUGGUGCUGCGCCGUGGCAUUGGGAGGAUGGGGACGGUGUAACAGCAGUAACCACGGUUGUGCAUGGUUGUACUGGACGAGAUGUGAAUAUGACAGUGGUGGAUGGCGAAAUUCUGGUGGAGGACGGGGUGUUGGUACAUGGCGGGCUGGAGAGGGAGAGAGAAAUCGUAACCAAAGCACAGAAGGCAAUCAAGGGGAUAAGAGGAAGGUGUAAUGCGGACAGAGAAGAAGAGCUUAGUAUCAAGGGGCAGCUGAGAAAGGGAUGGAGGUAUAGUACCUGA